GUUGGAUCAAGGAGAUAAGAGGACAAUUUUUACUAAAUAAGAAUUGAUAGAAAUAAUGGCGCGUCGAGAUUACGCUCAAGACAAAGAGUCCAUCAAAACUUUUCUGGCUGAAUUCUGUAAGGAAGAUGAAGAAGGUAAGAAAAUUUUCAUCUACGCCCAGCAACUGGUGAAACUGGCUCAUCGUGAACAAGCCUUAUUAACCAUUGACUUGGAUCAUCUAUCCGAAUAUAAUGAUGGUCUAUCCGAUGCAGUAAUAAACAACUGUCGGCGUUACGCUUCAAUGUUUGGAGAUGCGAUCACCGAAAUGUUGCCUAAUUAUAAACAGCGAGACAUUCAUGCCAAGGAUGCAUUAGAUGUUUAUAUUGAACAUCGUUUAUUAAUGGAAGUGCGCAAUCGCAAUCCCAUGGAACAACGCGAUCAAAGAAACAACUUUCCUCCAGAGUUGAUGAAAAGAUUUGAAGUCGCUAUUAGGCCUCCGUCGCAUGAAAAGGCUCAUUCCAUUCGUGAUAUUAAAGCCGAACAUAUAGGGAAGCUAGUUACAGUACGUGGAAUAGUAACUCGUACCACGGAAGUGAAGCCUAUGAUGGUAGUGGCAACUUAUACUUGUGAUCGAUGCGGUUCAGAAACUUAUCAACCAGUGAACUCAUUGUCGUUCACACCGAUUCAAGAUUGUCCUUCCGACGAUUGUCGUGUGAAUAAAGCCGGGGGACGUUUGUAUCUGCAAACACGUGGAUCAAAGUUCGUUAAAUUUCAAGAGCUUAAAAUACAAGAACACAGCGAUCAAGUACCUGUUGGUCACAUACCGCGCACUAUGACCAUUAUGUGCCGGGGCGAAAUGACGCGUCAAGCCCAACCGGGCGAUCAUGUUUUAAUAUCUGGCGUUUUUCUGCCUUUAAUGCGUACGGGUUUUAGGCAGUUAAUACAAGGACUUUUAUCGGAAACUUUUUUGCAGGCCUAUAGGAUCAUUUGCCUAAAUAAAAGCGACGAUAUUACUGAUAAAGAUGCCGAUUUAACGGCGGAAGAGUUAGAUGAAUUUGCUCAGGACGAUUUCUAUGAGCGUUUGGCGACCAGUUUGGCUCCUGAAAUAUACGGUCAUGUCGAUGUAAAGAAGGCUUUGUUAUUGCUUUUAGUAGGAGGCGUAGAUAAACGACCUGAUGGUAUGAAAAUCAGAGGAAACAUUAACAUUUGCUUAAUGGGAGAUCCGGGCGUAGCUAAAUCACAACUGCUCAGUUACAUAAGUCGUUUAGCACUGCGAUCGCAAUAUACAACUGGACGCGGAUCUUCGGGAGUUGGAUUGACUGCCGCUGUUAUGAAGGAUCCAUUAACAGGCGAGAUGAUUUUAGAGGGUGGUGCUUUAGUAUUAGCGGACCAAGGAGUCUGCUGUAUCGAUGAAUUUGAUAAAAUGGCCGACGACGAUCGCACAGCCAUACAUGAAGUCAUGGAGCAGCAGACCAUUUCCAUAGCUAAAGCCGGCAUUAUGACUACAUUAAAUGCGAGAGUAUCUAUAUUGGCAGCAGCCAAUCCCGCGUUUGGACGCUAUAAUCCCAAGCGUACUGUGGAGCAGAAUAUACAAUUACCAGCUGCCUUAUUAUCGCGUUUUGACUUAUUAUGGCUAAUGCAAGAUCGACCCGAUCGUGACAACGACUUGCGUUUAGCCAAGCAUAUAACUUAUGUACACAGCCACAGCAAGCAGCCGCCUAGCCGUGUUAAAGCUUUGGACAUGAAUCUAAUGCGUCGCUAUAUCAAUCUUUGCAAACGCAAAGAUCCUGCCAUACCAGAAGAACUUACCGAUUACAUAGUCGGUGCCUAUGUCGAACUAAGACGUGAAGCUCGUAACCAGAACGAUAUGACCUUCACCUCGCCUCGUAAUUUGUUAGGCAUUUUGCGUUUGUCGACAGCUUUGGCCCGCCUACGGUUAUCUGAUAAAGUCGAAAAAGACGAUGUAUCCGAAGCUUUACGUUUACUCGAAAUGUCGAAAGAUUCCCUGAAUCAAAUACACGAGCAUCAAAAAGGCCGUAUACCAACUACAUCGGACAGAAUUUUUGCUGCUGUUCGUGAAUUGGCCGGUAAUAGCAAUACCGUAAAAAUCGCAGAUAUUAUGGAUCGGUGCGCUAACAAGGGCUUCAAGCCAGACCAAGUGGAUAAAUGCAUCGAAGACUAUGAGGAGCUUAACGUGUGGCAAGUGAAUAUGGGUCGUACGAAAAUCACUUUCAUGUGAACAAAGUUUUUCUUAUUUAUUAUUUUUCCUUUUUCAUAUUUCAUUUAUAUUUUUAUCCAUUAAUAAGUUACUGUUUCAUC